GAGCUCUUGUUUGACAAGACCAGAGGCCCCGAGAGCAAAAUGACUUUGGUUGAACUUGCUAUCACAUUCAUCCACUCCGCAUUCUCAUCAGAUGACAAAUAUCUGAUAUCGAAUGAGCUUCUUAACAGCAGCUCAAGUAUCGUUCAUAUCAUUGAUCUUACGGUACGUUAUUUGAGUUCCUCAGCAAAAUUAGAGAGAGAAAAACAGCAGCCGAAGCAGUCGCAAUCCAGGAUUAAUUGGGGACGUUAUUUGUGUUCCUCAGCAAAAGAGAGAAAAACACAGCAGUCGAAGCAGUCGCAAUCUAUUCCUUCUGCCACUAGACUUAGGGAGGCAGGAGUCAAAUUUAAAACAGUUGCAAGAAGAAGCAUACUGGAUGUAAGAUUCGACAAGAACGACGGUAAACUUGAAAUCCCAUCUUUGCUGAUUCAUCCAGCUACGGAAGCAAUAUUUCGAAACCUCAGUGGCUUCCAGAUGUGUAGCCCUCGGGUUUGGUGGGCUUGGGUCGCUCCUAGUGUGAUAAUAAACUACACAGUGCUCCUAGAUUACCUGGUGGACAGUGCUGAGGAUGUGGAUUUACUAUGCACAUCUGGGAUUUUUAGUAACUGGUUGAGCAAUAAGGAGGCGGUUGACCUCUUAAAGAGACUUCGCAGUGGGUAUCAAAUGGAUAAGUUCUAUUAUGCUGAUCUUCGUAAGGAAAUAAACAGUUAUUGCAGGAAAUGUUCGCGACAAUGGCGAGUUUCUUUCAUUGACAACUAUUUGACGAAGCCAUGCGCUAUCGUGUCUGUAAUUUUUGCCGCCAUCGUCUUGGUUUUCACCAUCAUGCAAGUCUUCUAUAAGUAGGAGAGUCGAGGUUUUAGAUUUGUCAAGGUAUUGCCUGGAUAUUGCUCUAAUAUGUUCCUCUUCUUUUGCUUGUACUCUUUCGAUUGAUGUUGUAUACUUUGCUCUGUUGCUUCAAUAAAAUAUCAUUUUUGAA